AUGAGCGGUAGAGAGAACGAAUCCAGUCGACAAAGUACCAGAAGUGGAGGAGAAAACGCCUCAGGCAAAGAAGAUGGGAAUGCCCCAAGUGGAAGAUCUGAGCCCAGCCUCCAAAAGUCGAGUGAGCGGAGUCGGAGAGGUGAUUGUAAGUAGAGAUGGAUUAGAUUACAGUAUCCUAGACUCCGUCGCUUCGACUCAACGUAGUUUUUCGGAUCGACAGAAUACUCAGCGGGUCAAAAGAAAGGUCAAAAAACACAAGACUCCGGCUACACAACUCCGAUUCGUCAGGAUUCAUGGUCGCCCUGAUGUCGCCCGAGUCCAACUGUUACUUUCCAAUAUCUCUGACCGCUCUCUCUUUUUCAAAUUGAAGAGUAAUGUUGGAAGUAAUGUUUCGGUAAGUCAUCCUGAUUUGCGAUAUCCUUUUUUGAAUUUUUGGUCUGAGUUUCGGAAAGCAGUCAUGUGCCAACUGACAGCGACAUGAAGAAUGAAAGACCAAAAUUGUGCCUUUUUUUCAAGGUUGGGUGUCGCCCGCGAUAACCCUUGACCUAAGUUCUGCAGCGACGAAAACAGUGAAGCCAUCGCUCACAUUGUGCGACAAGCCUUUUGUUGGAGUGGCGAAAAGCAACUUUCGAGUUUCCACGGACUAUGGGAAUUGAUUCUGUUGAUUUUUCUGCACUGUGCAAAAGUUCUUACUUUUAAUCCGCACCGUGCAAUGACUGAGCAUAUAGUACAGUGCGGAGCUUGGCGUUAUGAUACAAAAUUUCUUAAAAUUCGUUAAAUUCUGAAUUUCAGGCUCUGCCCAGCGGCCAAGGUCAUGUCGCAGCUCGGGGAUCGACCCGUUGUGUUCUCACUUGGCAUCGCCCCAAGAAAUGUCAUUCCUGGGAAGAAGUGGAUCCCCCCAAACUGUUGUUGGUGACGCGAUUCCUGGAUAGUAACAACGAGAUGACUGCCGAUCAGACCUCCACCCGACUUCUUGCUCAUGUCGCCCGCACAGGCAGUUGUCCGGCCACGAAUCCCCCAGUGGAACAAUUCCUUUUGGAUGCUGUUUCUCGCCCGCAGGACGUCGAACCGAGUGAAGUCAGUGUUCGAAGGUAUCCAUAGCUAUUUGAUAAUAUUUACAAUUAUUUGAAGACAAGAAAUGGACGAAGAGAGGAGUGCAAUGUCCGAAUUCAUCGUCUCCUUGACCCCCGAGCAGCUGAACCUUCUUAUUUUCCUGCUGAUUCUCUUCUUCCUCGGCCUUUACAACACUUUCGCCAAUUAUAAAAACUCUUCUCAGAAGUAA